UUUGAUGACGAAAAUCAGUUACCAACACCCGAAGAAUUCAAGGCCAUUGUGGAUGAUUAUCUUAAUAAUCUUAGCCCCAAGAAAAGAGACAAGGCGUUAGUGGAUGAACAUCGUUACUAUUUGAUUCAACAAGUACUCAGGGAUCCAAGGAACACUGCCAUCUCCACUGCUCAAUUUCGGUUUUGGGUCAAGAAAAUGUUCCAACUACAAUUAGGUACGGUAGAUAUUAUUUGUCAUGACAACAAGCCAGUUGCCAUCAAGGAACAAAUAUAUGAUAUCUUAGUUAGGGCUCAUAGGGAUGCUCAUCAUGGUGGUAGAGAUAAGACUUCUGCAUUGGUUCGAAGGAAGUUUUCAUGGAUCCCAAAGGAAUUAGUAGCCCGAUUUGUGAGGCAUUGUCCUUUUUGUAUCACAAGAAGAAAUGGAGGUCAAAGCCCAAACACAAUGAAAGCCAAUUCACCUCGACAUCAUCAUCAUCACCACCAUCAUCAUCCUUAUGCAACUCCCAAUGGUAUCACAUCAUCACAACAACGACAUUAUAGUUUUGAUCAUCAUGCUCCUUCUAUCAUCUGUACACCAUCCAUCAAAGAAGAUAAUAGUGAUUUAUCUGCUUCAUCUGGUCCACCUUCUGCUGACAAUGGUUAUGAUGCCUCUCCAAAUUAUGUUGCUAUGUCUUACACUACUCAUUCUCCAAGACGUCCAUCCUAUUUCCAAUAUGAUCGUGAUGAGGAAGAAUUUUUAAAU